AUGUAUUCCACGACAGUCGAAACCCCAAGUUACACUCCAGGUUUAAGAGAUCAAGCUACUUCCGGUUCAAAAAUCAUUUCCGGUUCCAGUGAUCAGUCCGCAAUACUACAUUCUACUACACAUUCUAGACCUAAAGUUUUGUUGAAAACCGCUGUUGCGAAAGUAACAUCUGGAGUUGCAUCUGGUAACCUUUGUACAGAUGUUAUCAUUUUAUUUGACGAAGGGGCACAGAGGUCAUUUGUAACAAAGGAACUUGCAGAAAGACUCGAACUCAGAAGAACGGGAACAGAAGUCGUAGAGCUUGCAGCAUUUGGUUCAUCUUCAAAGAAAGUAAGUCAUAUUGAUACCACAACAGUAUAUUUAUUAACUGAUACCAAAGAAAUGAUAGCUAUAGAUGUCCUGAUUGUCGCAACUAUUUCCGUCCCCUUAAGAAACGUGCAACAAGCCACAACAGCACUUCCGUAUCUUCGUGGGCUUAAACUUGUGCAUCCGGUUACAGAUGACGACACUUUCAAUAUAUCACUUCUGAUUGGUGCAGAUAAGUACUGGGAUAUUGUAAGUAAUAGAGUGAUCCGUGGUAAUGGUCCCACAGCUGUCCAGUCCAAGAUAGGAUACUUGCUUUCCGGUCCUCUUCCGGUUUCUCCUACUGAUACGGCUACAGACUGCAUAUUAAAUGUAUUAAUAUCUAAGCCAGAUACACAUGACCUAGAACGUUUCUGGAAGUUAGAGUCUCAAGGUAUUCAGCCUGAAAAAGGAGAUGAAACUACCUCCGACUACCUGGCAACAUAUCAGGAAAAAUGCAUUGAAUUCAAAGACGGACGUUAUUCAGCACAGUUACCAUGGAAACGUGAUCAUCCGGUGUUACCUGACAAUUAUAACAUUGUUCUUAAAAGAACGGAAAAUACAAUCCGACGCCUACGACAAGAUACGAACAUGUUACAGAAGUAUGGCCAAAUUAUUUCAGAACAAAAAAAUCGAGGCUUUAUCGAGAGAGUUACAGACGACAAUAUAGAUAAAAGAGUUCACUACAUCCCACAUCACGGUGUGAAAAAAGAUUCAGCCACCACCCCAAUCCGAAUAGUAUAUGACUGUAGUUGCCGCCCAAAAUAA